GGAGCUAUACGAUCCUUCCUGGAAGGCAAAUCUGAUGUUGACUAAAAGCUCUUCAUUUGUUCAUAAAUUUCUUGCAUCAGACUAGUAUACCCAAAUAUUCAUCUCUUGUAUUUUGCUUUCUCUACCUUCUCCAAACUCAGCUGCACAAGAUCCUUCUGUUAUCACUGAUCAUGGCUUCUACUUCUUCCACUCCUCCCAAUCAGGGAAAGAAAUGGGAUGUUUUUAUUAGUUUUAGAGGCGACGAUACGCGUUAUGGUAUUCUCUCCCAUCUCUCUGAUGCCUUGAAGGACAAACAAAUCAAGACUUUUACGGAUGAAGAGCUCCGUAAAGGAGAAGAGAUCUCACCAGAGCUCUUGAAAAUAAUCCGGGAAUCAAUUGUCUCAAUAGUCCUUUUCUCUGAAAAUUAUGCAGAUUCUCCAUGGUGUUUGGAUGAGCUUGUUGAGAUACUUAAAUGCAAGGAAGAAUCAGCACAAAUAGUUCUACCGGUUUUUUACAAAGUAGAUCCAACUGACGUUCAAAAGCUUUCAGGGAAUUUUGGGAAGGCAUUUGCUAUUGCUAUGCAUGGGGAAAAAGGCAGUUCACAAAAGGUGGACAACUGGAAGCGUGCUUUGAUGGAAGUAAGCAACUUAUCAGGAUGGGAUUCACAGAAAAUCAAGUCUGAGGCCGAAUUAGUUGGUGGAAUUGUCAAUGAUGUUUCAAACAAAUUUAGGGAUAUGUCUAAAAGUGAUGAUUCUUAUGAUCGCAACUUGAUUGGAAUUAAACCGCGUGUGGAAGAAGUGGAACGGUUGUUAACUGAUAACCAAAUUGUAGGAAUUUGGGGGAUGGGAGGGGGAUGGGAGGGAAGAACAUAUGGUCACAAAAGGCUGAAAAGUAAGAAGGUAUUGAUUGUUUUUGAUGAUGUAGAGGAUCGAAACCAUUUAAAAGAUUUAGCAGGAGAGUGUGAUUUGUAUGGUGAGGGAAGUAGAAUCAUCAUAACAAGUAGAGAUUCACACGUACUUAAUUCUGAUUUUUCAAAGAAAGGCGUAUAUGAGGUUAAGAAGUUAAUUGAUUCUCAAAGUAUGGAACUCUUUAGCUUGCAUGCCUUCAAAGAAGAUGACAAAGAAGGUGACAAUCUUCCUAAGGAAAAAUAUUUGGAGCUAUCAAAGGAGGUGACAAACUAUGCUAGAGGCAAUCCACCAGCUCUUAAAGUUUUGGGAUCUCAUUUAUUUUGUAGGACGAUAAAAGAAUGGGAAAGUGAAUUGGAAAAAUUAGAAUGCAAAUCUCUUAAGAAAAUUCAAGAUGUUUUGAAAACAAGUUAUGAUGGGCUAGAAAAGAAUGAACAGGAAAUAUUUCUUGAUAUUGCAUGUUUCUUCAAAGGGAAAGAUAAAGAUGAGGUUGAGAGAAAAUUAAAAGCAUGUGGUUUCUAUCCAGAAAGUGGAAUACCUCGUCUAAUUGAGAAAUCUCUUAUAACUAUUUCAAACGGUGCGGUAGAUAUGCAUGACUUGUUAGAGCAAAUGGGCAAGGAUAUUGUUAAUGAGGAAUGCAAACAGCCUGGAAGGCGCAGCAGGUUGUGGAAUUGUGAAGAUAUUAAUCAUGUAUUGGAAACAGAAACGGGAACCGAAAAUGUUGAGGCCAUAUCGUUUCGUCCGGGUGGGAGCGGUAUUUUGAAGCUAAAUGCCACGGCCUUUACGAAGAUGUGCAAUCUUAGAUUCAUCGAAGUAUAUGCAAUGUCUUUCAGAGUGCUCCUUCCUAAGAACUUUGAAUUUUGUGCACAAGCACUAAAAUGUCUUUACUGGGAUUAUUAUCCUCUGGAAUCUUUGCCGUUUAAUUUUUGGCCAAAGAAUCUUGUAGAACUUCACAUGCCUUCUAGCAAUCUCAUACAACUGUGGAAUGGAGGAGAUAAGAGUUUGGUUGAAAUUCCCUCUCUUCAAAAUCUGAGCAAGCUUACUGAACUUUAUUUAACUGGAUCCAAUAAAAUCAAAGAUUGUCCAGAGAUUCCGUGUAAUAUAAGGAUUCUAAAAUUAGACGGAACUGGAAUAGAACAACUGCCCUCAUCAAUUAAGCAUCUGUCUCAACUUGUCAUAUUGUCCUUGGAUGAGUGUACAGCACUCGAGAGUCUUCCAAGCAGCAUUGGCAAUUUGAAACGUCUUGAAGAACUUGAUCUAACUGAAUGUUCAAGACUCGUGACUAUUCCAAGCAGCAUAGGCGAGUUGAAAUGUCUUGAAAAGUUAUUUCUCCGGAAUUGCUCAAAUUUAGCAAGUCUUCCUGAAAGCAUCAAACAACUUUCGAAGUUGAAACUGCUUGAUUUAAGAGAUUGCGAGAGUCUUAAGAGUUUACCAGAGCUUCCGUCAUGCUUAAAAUUAUUAAAAGCAAUUGAUUGCCACUCUCUGGAAUCUGCAUCAAUUUCUUUCAAUUUCUUAGAACAUGAAGAUGAAAAUAAAGAAGCAGAUAAAAGUGAACAUGAAAAUGAAGCACAUAAAAGUGAAUCUGAAGAUUGCAAAUUACUUGAUUUUAGUAAUUGCGUCAAAUUGAAUAAGAAAGUAAUGGAGGAUGUUUUUGAAGGGCACCUGUUGGGUCAGAAAGUUACAUUAUUGAUGGCAGGAGGUGAAGUGCCAGAAUGGAUGAGGUAUAAGAAUAAAGGAUCCUCGCUUUCCUUCAAACUUGACCUUCGUCACGUAAUUGCCUUCUCUUUCUGCGUUGUUCUUCGUCCCAGAGGUGGUUUUUAUUUUCCUAGAUUUGAAGUGGAUUUCAUAUGUGAAUCUGGAAAUAGGCGGGAACGUAAUGCGUUCAACUUAUUUAGCGAUAAGGACGUUGCGAAUUGGAAUGGUUCUGGUGGAGGUCCGUAUUUUUCGGACUUAUCACAUGUGUUGCUUUCAUUCAAUGGAUUGAGGACACGUUUUGAUGAAAAGAGUUUCGUUGAGGCCUCAUCUCGCUUCAACAGCUGGUUCAAGGAUCGGCAUGAAAUUAUGGAGUCUCUAUCAUCUGCCGCUCUAUUGUCAUUUGAGAGAGGGAAGACUAUAGAGGAGAAUAACUAA